ACUGAGACAGAAACACAGCUACACAGAGCUUUAAAGGGAGACGAGCAGAACCAUAGAAAAGUGGAAAGUCACAAGAAUAUAGGAGGAGAAGCAGGAGAGGGGCCGUUACUGCCAGAUGCUAUCACAUAUAAUUUCAAACAGGAGACAAACGCAGAGAGAGGAGGAGCACAAAUCGGACUAUUGUGUUUGGAAACAACUCUUUGUCACAUCACUUUAACUGGGCUUUCUACCUGCUGGACCAUGACAGAGGAAGCAGAAGUGGGAGUUGACCUCUCUCCAACCUCUGGGUCUGAGCAACAGGCGCCACAUUUUCUACAAGAUGUCAUCUUCCACGGCAAGUUUAAGCUGCUGAAGUCUCUCACCCCAGAGGAAAACACCCAGUGCCAACAUGGCCUCUACUUCCACGAUGGCCAGCGGCGCGUCGACUACGUCCUCACCUACCACGUGAAGAAGCCGGCCACGGGCCGCACCAGCCGCCAGUCGACGCACCUGCUCACUGAAAAUGCUGUCGCCCGCAGCCUUCGCCGUGGCCGCAACGAACAUCUCCGACACCACAAAAAACAAAAGGCAAGAGACUCAUCGACCCUGCCGUCCUCCCCGGUGGCCGACGUGGAGCUGGGCUGUCCCGCAGAGACUGUCAACGGUCAAGAGGAUCACAAAAUGUUCCGGAGGGAGGAGUUUGAGGGGAAACUCAGAGACAUGGGGCUGGAGCUGGAGAAAGAUGAGGACACCAAGAUUGCAGGGGUGGGCUUUGUAAAGAUUCAUGCUCCCUGGAACAUUCUCUGUCGGGAGGCCGAGUUAAUGAAGCUGAAGAUGCCCACCAAGAAGGUGUAUGAAGUCAAGCAGUUGAGUGGUGUUGUGGAGAAGAUCAGCUCCCUGAUCAGUAAAGUGGUGGAACCUCUCCACCCUCAUGUUGAGGAACAUCAACCCAAGAACAUCAAACACCUGUCACAUACUUUCUCCAGGGAGAAACAACACCUGUUUGACCUUUCAGACAAAGAUUACUUCUUUGACAGCAAAACCAAGAGUUCAAUAGUUUUUGAAAUAUUAAAAAGAACGAAAUGCAAGGCCAAGUACAGCAUGGGUAUCACUAGUCUCCUGGGUAGUGGUGUCUAUACAGCUGCUUAUCCUCUUCAUGAUGGAGAUAUUAAUGAGGAGAGUGCAGUGCCAAAUGACAGAAAGCUUUUGUAUGAAGAGUGGGCAAACUACAGUGUCUUCUACAAGUACCAGCCCAUCGGACUUAUUCGGAAGUAUUUUGGCGAGAAGAUUGGUCUGUACUUUGCCUGGUUGGGUCUCUAUACCCAGAUGCUGAUUCCUGCCUCUCUAGUGGGAGUCAUUGUGUUUCUGUAUGGAUGUGCAACAGUCGAUGACAACUUACCAAGCAUGGAGAUCUGCCACCCAAAGAACAACAUCACCAUGUGUCCUCUGUGUGACAGAGUGUGCAGCUACUGGAAACUUAGUACUGCCUGUGGAACCGCCCGGGCCAGUCACUUGUUCGACAACCCUGCCACCGUUUUCUUCUCUAUAUUCAUGGCUCUGUGGGCUGCCAUGUUCAUGGAGCAUUGGAAGAGGAGGCAGAUGAGACUGAACUAUGAAUGGGACCUGACUGGGUUUGAAGAUGAGGAGCAUUUCUGCUGCUGCUGCUGCUGCCAACCUCUGAUCAUAACACAUCACACAAGACUGUGGUACUUUAAAGGGUAUUGGCAAUUGGAGUCUUUCUUCUACUUACAUGGUGCACAUAUCCACCAAUUCCACUUGUGUUUCACGGUCGCUGUCCGUCAUCUCUGUUUGUGUCCAUCACAGGACCACCCAAGGGCCGAAUAUGAAUUCAGGGUCAUGCAGAAGACUCUGAGCAAAGAUCAGAAAUCACAUCACAAGAUUGAAAAGCUCACAUGUCGAGACCGCCUCCCAGCCUACAUGACUAACAUUGUCAUGAUGCUAUUAAUGAUUGGUGUUACGUUUGCCAUUGUGUUUGGUGUGAUCCUCUACCGGAUCUCCACCAAAGCGGCUCUUCAUAUGAGCUCCAAUCCGGUCACACGGAGCCAUGUACAACUGACAGUUAAAACCACUGCAGCCAUCAUCAACCUGGUGGUCAUUCUCAUACUGGAUGAGGUGUACGGAGCUGUGGCCCGAUGGCUCACUGUGUUAGAGGUUCCUAAAACAGACAAGAGUUUUGAGGAACGCCUUAUCUUCAAGACCUUCAUUCUCAAGUUUGUCAACGCUUUCACCCCCAUCAUCUACAUUGCUUUCUUCAGGGGAAGAUUGGUGGGCAGACCAGGCAGCUACCUGUAUGUGUUUGAAUCCUACAGAAUGGAAGAGUGUGCUCAUGGAGGCUGUCUGAUGGAGCUGUGUAUCCAGCUGAGUAUCACUAUGUUGGGAAAGCAGCUCAUUCAGAACAACCUUUUUGAGAUCGGAGUACCCAAGCUGAAGAAGCUGAUUCGUUACAUUCGGUCAAAGCAAGGGGCUUUUCAAGAAGAAGAGAGACAGAAGAAGCUGCAGAGAUACGAAACUGACCACUUCCUGGAACCAUUUGCUGGGUUAACACCUGAAUAUAUGGAAAUGAUCAUCCAGUUUGGUUUUGUCACAUUGUUCGUGGCAUCCUUUCCUCUGGCUCCGCUCUUUGCUCUGCUCAACAACAUCAUUGAAAUACGACUUGAUGCCAAGAAAUUUGUGUCUGAGUUGCGAAGACCAGUGGCAGCAAGAGCCAAAGACAUUGGUAUAUGGUACAACUUACUAAGAGGGGUAGCAAAUGUGGCCGUCAUCAUUAAUGCAUUUGUCAUCUCCUUCACAUCAGACUUCAUCCCUCGGAUGGUCUACCAGUACAUGUACAGCCCUGAUGGCUCCAUGCAUGGAUUUGUCAACCAUACGCUGUCCUACUUUAAUGUCAGCCACUUCCAGGAAGGCAAAGAAGCCAGGGAUCCGUUGCACCUCGGCUACCACGUUGAGAUGUGCAGGUAUAAGGACUACAGAGAACCCCCUUGGUCAGCAACUCCAUAUGAGAUCUCAAAGGAAUUCUGGGCAGUGCUGGCUGUCCGACUGGCAUUUGUCAUUGUUUUCCAGAAUGUUGUGAUGCUGAUGAGCGAUGUUGUGGACUGGCUGAUUCCAGACAUCCCUAAAGACAUCAGCCUCCAGAUCCACAAGGAGAAGAUUCUGUUGAUAGACCUCUUCAUGAAAGAAGAGCAAGGCAAGACACAUACUGUUGAGAGCAGUGCCUCCGUAGGGGGUAAGGAGAAGUGCAGCAGGAGCACCAACAACAAUAACAGCACAAUGGCUCACCCACGCUCGGGACUGCACAGCAACAGCACUAAAAGCCUCUAAUGCUAGUAACCCUGAAUUAUUUGUUCAGUGGAGUAGUUCUUCAUGAGCAUGUCUUGGUUAGCAAGUCUUGCUAGUAGCCUACUAGCUCAGGCCAACCUAAACUAUGUGUUUGGUCUUUGUUCAUAACAUUCCAACAAUUGGGAGAGCAGCUAGCUGAUGAGAUGGGAGGCAAGUGAAGAUGAAUGAGGGGGGGGGGGGGGGGGGAUUUGUUCCAAGAGUUGUGAACCUGUAUUUCAAUUCGUACAGGCGUAUUCAGAUUUGUAAAUGAGUACAGGAAUCCCUUAACUCACACUCAGAUUUCAUGUACAAUAAUAAUGCAUGAUCAGGUUUGAAAAGUGUACACACAUUUAUAAAGGUCCAUAAGAUUUAUACAUGUGUAUAACAAUCUGAAAAUGUGCACUAAAAAACCUCAAUCUUUUUAUGAUGGACUGAAAAAUCGAAGAAGGUAUACAUGGAAUCGGAGUUUCGGGCUUCCGGUGGAAUCACAAUGCAUGCUGGUGUGGCGGGCGUAGAAAAGUGAGCACCAACUCUACAAGGGCCGCCAUAUUGGAUUUCUUCUCUACGUGUUUACAUUGUAUUUAGCUUAUUCAUCAAGGGUGUUUACAUUGUAUUUGGCUAGUUUUUAGUGUGUAAGCAUCGCUCUUCUAGUUAUGGGAUUGGGACACCAAAAUUGUGUAGUGAAAGGAUGUUCAAACAGUGGGAGAAAGCUAAAUAAAUGGGCAGAAUCUCA